AUUUUAUAAUAAAGCAUACACAAUACAAUUCAUAAAUUAUAAAUUACAAAAUGGUCAUUGUAACCUCAUGGUGUAGAUGCCUUGAUAGUUUAGUGGGUUAGUGUUUCUGAUAAAUUUUGAAGUGCCUUUUACUCUCUGCAUUAAUCUAACUUCUAACGCUUCUUACCUUAAAAAAAAAUAAUAAUAAUAAAAAAAAUCAAUUGUAGCAUGCUGAUUACUUAAUAUUCCCUAAUUAACCACAAUCGAGAUGAAUUGGUGGUUUCGUAAUUUUGGCAAACAAUAUGGGUUAAUACCAGAAACAGAACGGAAGUAAUGUUUAAUUAUUCCACUCAUAUUCAUUUGUAUUCCUCUUGUAAAAAAGCAAAAAUAAAUGGCGGGAAAAGAAUACACAGAGCAAUUUUCAUCAUCGCCGCCGAAAUCGGAGAAGAUGGAAGAAGAAACGGCAGAGGUGUGUUGGAGAAAUGAAGUCGACACGAACCUCAAGAGACUUCUAUCGCUUCUGUUCGGAGCCGAUAUUGCUCUCCGAAAAGGAGAUUUCAACCCUGCCCAAAUCCUCGCCCUCCGUCUCGUUGGCUUCCUCCACUCCCAUUCUCACACCGACAUCGAUGAGGCCCUUAUUCGUCCCAUUCGCUGCGAAGCCUUGUCCAAGAUCGAUCUCGCUCGACGCUCCCUUUUUCCUCAAUCUAAUCGCCAAGCAUUUGAGCAAGCAGGCAUAGAUCCAGGUUGUGUGUUUGGCAAGAGAGGAGAUAUUGACAUUGACAAGAUUAAGCAGUCAAAAUACUUCCGAGUUCUCUUUCAGCAGUCUAAAGGAAGAACUUUGAAUGAAUUGGGAUACCAAUUGGACAGGCAGGACAAUUUGGGUUGCAAGACCUCAAAAGUUCUUACACAGGAAAAGUUGACAUCGUUUUAUGGAAACAUCUCAAAGGCAAAUAAUGGCUCCUGCAAGAAUUCUAAAAGUAACAGUUAUGAGGACUCUGUUAUUGUAGAAAAGAUUCAUUCAUAUCAGAACCACCCCAGGGGUCACAACAUCUCUACAUUUUUAAAAGUUGAUGAGGAUGAAAGAGCUCACGGAAAUGGUUUGGGAACAAAACGUGUGCACAUGGACAUUGAUAGCCCGAGAGAUGAAAAUGUGAAGCCACAAUUAAGCAAUGAAGAAGCUAACACUAAUGCUUCUGGGAAUGGAUUUGUAACUGCCAGAGCAAAAUUGGAAAUGGAUGCAAGGCAAAGACGAGGUCUGGGGGGAUCUGCAAGUGCUUCUGUCUCACCACAAAGUGACAACAAUGCGUCCAACAGAGGUUAUGGUGUCAGAUCAUAUGGGUUCCAACGCCGUGGCAUCCGUGGUAAUUUUGUUCCCCCUAUCAGAUCCAAUGGGGGUAAUGGGGGUAAUAUGACUUCGCGUGUUGGAGGGAAGGGUGAUGAUGGAAUAGAUGACUCAACAAAGAGAUGUUUGGAAAUGUUAUGUGGUCCUGAUGGCGAGCUUCCUGAGAAAUUACGGAAUUUAGAACCUCGUCUGAUUGAACAUGUCAGUAAUGAGAUAAUGGAUCGGGAUCCCAAUGUUCGCUGGGAUGAUAUUGCUGGUUUGGAUCAUGCUAAAAAAUGUGUGACUGAGAUGGUUAUAUGGCCUUUAUUACGUCCUGACAUUUUUAAAGGUUGCCGUUCUCCUGGACGAGGUCUUCUUCUGUUUGGUCCCCCAGGAACGGGUAAAACAAUGAUAGGGAAAGCCAUAGCUGGAGAGGCUAAAGCAACCUUUUUCUACAUAUCUGCCAGUUCGUUAACCAGCAAAUGGAUCGGUGAGGGUGAAAAGCUAGUGAGAGCACUUUUUGGAGUUGCCAGUUGUCGUCAACCGGCUGUCAUAUUCGUUGAUGAAAUAGAUUCACUUUUGUCUCAGCGCAAAUCAGAAGGUGAACAUGAAUCAAGUAGACGACUCAAGACCCAAUUUCUUAUUGAAAUGGAAGGCUUUGAUAGUGGGAGUGAGCAAAUUCUGCUUAUAGGAGCAACAAAUAGACCCCAAGAACUUGAUGAGGCAGCACGAAGGCGACUGACUAAGCGACUAUACAUUCCCCUCCCUUCUUCAGAUGCAAGGUCAUGGAUCAUCCGCAAUCUCUUAGAUAAGGAUGGGUUAUUUAAGCUUUCAAAGGAGGAUACUGAUAAGAUAUGCGAGUUAACUGAAGGGUAUUCAGGAUCAGAUAUGAAAAAUCUAGUGAAGGAUGCCUCCAUGGGUCCACUAAGAGAGGCCCUGAGACAGGGCAUAGAAAUUACAAUGCUGAAAAAAGAGGAUAUGAGGACAGUAACUCUCCAGGAUUUUGUGGAUGCAUUGCAAGAGGUGAGGCCCUCUGUAUCUUUGAAUGAACUCGGUACAUAUGAGGAGUGGAACAAACAAUUUGGAAGCUUAUCGCUAUAGAGGGAUAAGAAGUCUUGGUAAACUUGUAUGCAGUCAAUUACAAAUUCAUUUGCCAUAGAAUACAAGAUGCGAAGAAUCAUAAGCCUACGGUAAUAAGAUUUGGAAAAUUUCUGAAGCUUAACGAAUUGUACUGGAAAAAAACCUUCCCUUAGUAUAUGAUGUGGGAAAGCUGAAUGUUGUGGUUUUGAUAAGAAGCUGCAAAGUUGCAUGUUAAUUCUUAAGAGUAGAUCAUGGAGAGCCUUGGUGCAACGAUAAGGCUGAAUGUAUCUAAUAUAAAUUUAAAUUUCUUUUUUGCAUUUGUUUGACCCGGUGAAAGCGAAAUGUUUCUUUCACGUGAAUGUAGCCUGUAGGCAUUGCUUCAUGCAAACCAGUGGCCUAUAAAACAAUGGGAAAACAA